CAUCCACCAAACUUGACUCUAGAGCACAUACAACAGUCUUAUACACUGAACCUUAUCCAUAGUAGUAGACUCGUCUGCGUUCACGAGUUAUAGCUCUUGGAGUAGUCAUGGCCACUCGGCCGGCCCGAGACGAUUCAAUUGUCCUCGACUCGUCGAGCUCAUCGCGUUCAUCGAGCCCAUCGUCGUCAUUGUCGUCGUCGUCGUCAUCAUCAUCAUCAUCAUCAUCAUCAUCAUCAUCGUCAACGUCGGCAUCAUUGAUAUCAUCACGCUCGUCUUUGUCAUACAACUCGGCAGUCUCAGCUGUGGAGCGAUCCGUCUCUGGUGGGCGCAUCCGUGUUCAGGCAGCAUCACGAUCAGACUCAAACGAUGAUGGCGAUGCUGAUGAUGGUGGUGGCAAUGCUCACCAGGGACAUUGGCAUGGAGACCUGCCUCAUGACACCAGCUUUCCGUCGCCGAGAGCAGUGCCCAUUCGACAGGCUGAAUCGGCAAGUGGCCUCCGCCCUGCACUGCGGGUUAGCUCGAUGGACGCGAGUCGGCUCGCAGCCUCGCUCUCGGCCGACACACUCUCGAGCUCACCGCCGGCAACAAGAGUCAUUCAGGCGCAGCGGAUGGCGCGGAUGGGCCGACGUCGGUCAUCGGUCUCGUUUUCCGGGCCGCAGAUCAAACCUGUUAAGCAUGCCAGUGGCGAGCUCUCGCUCAGUCUCACUCACGCCAAGCUCAACAUUGUGCCGCCGUCGGUGGUCGCCAACCCGGACCACGUCGCGGCACUGACCGAGCUGGACCUCUCCCACAACACCAUCGCACAGCUGCCUGACAGCAUCACUCGGCUGACGACUCUGGCCGCGCUGGAUGUGUCAGCCAACAAGCUGACCACGCUGCCGGAGACCAUGGCCGAGCUGAGCGCGUCGCUCACCCAUCUCGACCUUUCGCAAAACCGCGGCUGUGGCAGCCUGCCAAGCGUCGUCGGCUCACUGAAGAGCCUCACGUCGCUCAGUGUGGCUGAUAUUGGCCUCACAGUCAUCCCAGCUGCGCUUAUCAGGCUCACCGGACUGACUCGCCUCGACCUCUCCCGCAACCGACUUGGCCGCCUUCCGCGGCAGAUCGGCCGCCUCCGGGAGCUUGUCGAGCUCGACAUCUCGCACAACAUGCUUCGCUCUCUGCCGCCUGCGCUCGGCACGCUCGCCACCGACUACAACCUCCGCGAGUGUGCCAUGGAUGGCAAUCCGUUUGAUGAUGUGCUGGAAGAGGUGCACGCCUCGCGCGGCUCUGCGGCGGUUCUGCUCGAUUUAGCCGCGGCGGCGUCGCGCUCCAUCGGCAGCGUGUCGACAGCCUCUGGUUCUGCACUCCCGCUGGUUGUUGCCGAUGCCUAUGCCGACGACUCGUCGUCGUCGUCGGCCGACGACGUGGUGUAGCGCGACAUUGGGCGAGGCCUUGGUUUACCCCCACCGGACCGAACCCUCGUUCAUCACCGAACUCCUCUUGGACGAGUUGGUAAACGACUUGGCCUGCGA